AUGAUUCCAAUAAGAAUCGCGGGUACCCAACCUCCACAAGGGUUUAACUAUACAAAUAUCUUUGAUCCAUCAUCUUCCUUACAAAAUAUUUCAAGAAAUAUAAAUCCAAACAAAAGAAGAUUACCAAGUCUUGAUGAGGAUGGUUAUGAGGAAAAUCGGGUCACAAAAACAAGAAAAUUAAAAAUAUACUCAUUAGAGAAUAAACUUGAUAUCAUUGAUUAUGCCAAAGUUAUUGGUAAUCGGGCUGCUGGCCGUGAAUUCAAUGUUGCUGAGAGUAGUAUUAGGGAAUGGAGGAAAAAUGAAUCUAAAAUUAAAGAUAAUUAUAAGAAAGAAUUACUCAAAAAUAGUGAGUCUAAUGAAUUAUUAAAGGCACGAGAAAUUCUUAGUCAACAACUUGAUACGCAAUUGAUUGAUUUUAUCAACGCAAAAAAUGGUAAAGUAACAUGGUAUGAUAUAAAAUAUAAGGCAGAAGAACUAGAAUGUCAAUAUAAAUGUGUUACUCAACUUGAUAUAACUAAAACACCUAUUAAUAUGGGAUGGGUAUCAAGAUUUAUGAAAAGAGUUAUGACAAAAAUACCACAUGUACCACCACCAUCAAAUAGUAAUCAUAAUCUUGUACAAAAUAAUCAAAAUAAUUUCCAAAAUGGUAAUGUAUCUCAAGAAAUUAAUAAUAGUAAUCCAAUUCUUCCACCAAGUAUUUUACAAUUUUUAAAUAUUCAACAACAGCAAAGAGUUACAACAAAUAAUAAUAAUAAUUUACAAAGUUCACAACAACAAUCAUUUAUACUUGAUCAAAAUGUUAUUACAAAUUUGAUACAUCAAUUUAAUCUUCAAAAACAGCAACAGCAACAAAAUUGUAUUCUUAGUGCAUUAUUAGCAUCUCAACAGAAUUCUAAUAAACUUCCAAUAAAUUAUUCCCCUUCAUCCAUAUCUACAAUCAAUAAUAACAAUACUAAUACUACUAUAAAUAGUAAUGGAAUGGCAAAUCAUCAAAUAAAUCCUUUACAUCUUCAAUCAUUACUACAGGUAGAAAAUCUUAAUAUCCUUCAACUGAUAAAUAAUAUUACCAAUGGAAAGAUAAAUAAUUUUUCAAAUGUAGGAAUUUCACAACCAACACCAAAUAAUAAUUCUACAACAAUAUCAAUAGGUGGUAAUAAUAAUAAUAAUAAUAUUAUUUCAUCAUCAACAAUCACUUCAUUUGAUGGAAAUAAUAUAAAAUAUCCAUUAAAUAAUACUACUAAUAGUAAUAAUAAUAAUAUUUUAAAAAAUCUUUUACCAUCAGAAACAGAAAUGAGUGAUAUUCAAAGGAUGAUAUUAAAUGCUAAUAUUAUGAUAUCAUCAUCAAAUAAUAAUAAUAGUAAUAUAAAUACAAUACUUACUAAAAAAUCAACUAUUCAUAAAUGUAGAAGAAAAGGGUGUACACCAAAGAAAACUUUAUCACCCCAAUUACCUGGAACAUUAAAAUUUUGUAGUAAAAAAGAUAUUAAAAAUUGUAUUCUUAAAGAACAGGAAGAUAUAAUAAAACAAAGUGAUACAGAAGAUAGUAUGGGUGGUUGUGAUAGUAGUAGUAAAACUUCUGAUCUUGAUUCUGUUAGCAGUGAAAGUAGAAAAAUGGAAAUUGAUGUUGUCGUUAAUAAUAAAGAUGGUUUAAAUAAUACUCCAUCUACUAGUGGGAAUCUAUUUAAUCAUGAUUAA